UAGAGGAAACAUAUUGACAAUGCAUUUAAAGCUGAUAGCUUACUGCUUUGGUGUUCCACUUCUUUACACCUUAUCUACAAUUAGUCUAUCUUCAGUAGGCUGGUGUGAGCCCACAGCUCACUCCCUCCGACCAACCUCUGGUCCAACUCCUUCUAACAGCCGUAGAGUCCCCAGCCCCCCCUCCAUCAGAGGCUGGUCACGCCUCAGCAGCUCAGGACGCCACAACCCUAAAACCCGUGACCCCUCAGGAAAGGGGUCAAAGCAGGACAGAGCGGUCAGAAUGGUGUCUACUCCAACUUUAACACACCAGAGGCCGUCUACUCCACAGAAGCUUCUGGAUGGGAACUGCAGCGGAGGAACCAUCAGACAUGUGGUUCCUGGGAAACUUUACAUCAGCGCUCAGCUGGAAGCCAAACACCAACAUGGAGGCCAUCAGUCUGCAGUCCAGGCUGAGGAUGGAGAGAUGAGCAUGGCUGGUGAGCCCGUCAGUGGAUCUGAGGAGAGCUGGCAGAAGCUGGAGCCUUCAGUGGAGUGUGAAGACGAUGCCAUGACCCUGACCGUCAGGAGGAAACCAGCCUUACAGUUAUGGCUGGACCCAGUGAAUGGCUCAUCGGUGCCUCUGGUCCAGCUCCCUCCUCAGUGUGGUUACUCAGUACGAAGCUCAUGGAAAGACCUCAUCCUGGCGGCUCAAUAUGAUGCCUGUCAUGUUAUCCAUGAGGAGGAUGGCUAUGUGUUGCCUCUGCUGUGGAGGGGGCUCCCCAUCAGGGUUUCAUGCCCGGUCUCUCAGGUCGGCCCUGGAAGCAUGGACGCAUCUUCCCUCUGCUGCUUCCCAAACAGCAUGACUGUGAAACUUGAAGGACUGUCUGCAACAAAGGACCUGCAUAUAAAAGUGAAGGGUGAAUGGAUGCCUCUGGAGCUGUUGGCUGAUCAGUGCGGUUACACUUUGGACCAACGAGCUGCAGAGACGAUAAUCUCCAUCCCAUUUAUUACUUGUGGUGUAACAGUAAAGGAUGGAAAAAUGACACUCCUGCUUAAAAUGGGCCAGGAGAUCUUCAUGUUGGCUUGUCCUAACCCUGCCUCUGAAGUUGUCGCCCAGGAGCCUCAGGCUGAUGAACCCUCUGAAUCCCACAGAAAGCUGCUGGGGCCUUUACUGUUCAUGCCACCUUUCUACUUGGCUCCACCUUUCUAUCCUCACCCAACAUAUCAUCGUGGUUAUUCCCAAUAUAGAGAGCAGGACUCGUCCAGCCCUCCUACUCCUCACUCGGUGACUCCUAAGGUGGAUUUUAGGUCUCAGUUAGACCCUCAUCCCCAUUACUACCAACAUAUUUCUCUGAAGGAUGCAUAUGCACACUUCAUGACCCCAAAGCCUCGGCCAUCUGAAGCUCAGUCGGACAGCCCAGGUUCAUUUCUUCCAGAUCUAAUGGAGAAUCGUGUGGCUCCAGUCUCGGAUCUCUCAGAGAACAGCGUUGUUCCUACAGCUCUGCCGGUUCAGGUUGAAGCUCCUGGCUUCCAAGAUCCAAACAAUGAUUUUAGCUCAUACUACCACUACUACCAUCACCCCAAAAUCCCUCUUCCUGGGCCGUCUCAGGGCCCGGCUCCUGGUGUUUCUGGAUCCCCAACCCCUUCUGACUCCUUUAACUAUCCGCUUCCAUCCAUGCUCCCUGAUACCCAGAUAUCUGAGGUCACAAACCAGAUCUCUGCACCUGUAACCAAGGAAACGGGCUACAGCGCCACAGCAGUUCAUCCGCCUUUUCCCUUCUAUCUUUACUACUACCCACAUAAUGCUAAAGAUAAACAACCGGGGCUGUUCCAUUUCAACUGGGCCACAAAGGCAAAUAUGUCCUCAGCUCCUCCAGGUUUUUUUGCUUUACGCUCAAAUCCUGGAAAACUCUUUGUUUACCCCAACAAAAGUAAUAAAGAGCUGCAGGACGAAGAAGACAAGCAUCCUACCUCUGGGACUAACCAGUCUCCAGAUCCCGUCGCUGUUCCUCCUGACAGACCAGUUUUCCCCACUCCUGGAUUUAUGGUUAAUGCAGAUCCCUAUAAGUACUACUAUCAUCCCUACUAUAACUACUACCUGAGGUAUUAUGCACCUGACGCUCUGCGUGGCGUCUACCACCAUCUGGCUCAGACUUCAUCGGAGUCGGCUCAUCGACCGUCCCAUUUCAAACGCCAAACUAGUUCUGCUCCCUCUGACCCAGCGCUCGGCAUUCCCAGCAGACUGACGUUCCCCUACAGUUACUACAACCUCUACCAUUCGCCUCAGCUGCUCAGAUACUACCAGGAGCUCCGUAGUCCAGGAUCUUCAUCUCUGCUUUCCUCAAACUUGGACCAUAGUGAACUGCAGAGGCUUCCUCGUGCUUCUGAGGGGCUUCAUCCAUCGCUGUCCAACGCAUUUCAUCAGGCUUAUUUCAACUACAUUUCUUGGCUGCGUGGCAGAGAUGGAGCUAAGGAGAAGCUGGAUGGCUACAUGGGAGAUGGCCAAGCAGGACAUGUCGUCUUUACUGUACCUGACUCCAUGAUGACUCCUCCAGUGGCUCCACCUGCUCCUUCCUCUGAGGACAGGAUGGUUUCCUGUGUGCUGCAGAAGCUUUCCUCCAACCCAGAUGUCUACCUUGUUCCCUUAGAAGGCUGCACUAACAAACAAUUUCCUGGUCAGAACUUGGUUCAUCAGCUCAGAGGUCCUCCAUCAGACGGAGACGGAGGUCAUCUUCCUUUAAGGUUGAUGGUGGGAUGCACCCCCCCUUCAGAUACACCAGCUGCUGUUGCUGUGAUCCUGAGAAUUGCAACAGAUGCGUCCUUCGACAGGUUCUUCCCCCGGCCUCACCUCCCCCUCAGCUUCACGCAGGGUAAACCAGUUCAUGUGGAACUGAGAGUGCUGAAACCCACAGAUCCCACCCUGGUUCUGCUGGUCCACUCCUGCCUGGCCUACACUUUAACUCCAGAGGUCAACUGGAUACUAUUCUAUAAUAGUUGUAGCAGCCAGACUGUUUGGCAGCAACUUCCAUCACCAAACCCUCAGCACAUCUGGAGGCUGAGGGUUUCCAGCUUCCCUGCUCUGCCUCCAGCUAGCUCCACCCACAUGGGUCAUGGAGGGCCAGCUGCACCAGAGGAUCCAGAGGUCUACUUCUUGUGCCAUAUAGAACUUUGCUCAACUGUUUAUGGUCAAUGUGGUGUGAGCUGCAACAAAGGUAAGAUCUGA